AUGUCCAACGUCUCCGAGCCCGAGUUCGAGCAGGCCUACAAGGAGCUCAGCUCCACCCUCGAGAACAGCACCCUCUUCAAAAAGUACCCGGAAUACAAGAAAGCCCUCGAGGUCUCCUCCAUCCCCGAGCGCAUCAUCCAGUUCCGCGUGACGUGGGAGAACGACAAGGGCGAGUGCCAGGUCAACAGAGGGUUCCGCGUGCAGUUCAAUGGCGCUCUGGGCCCAUACAAGGGAGGACUCAGAUUCCACCCGAGUGUGAAUCUUAGCAUUUUGAAGUUUUUGGGUUUUGAGCAGAUUUUCAAGAAUGCUCUUACUGGAUUGAACAUGGGCGGUGGCAAGGGUGGCGCCGACUUUGACCCCAAGGGCAAGAGCGACAACGAGAUCCGCAAGUUCUGCGUUGCUUUCAUGCGGGAGCUGAACAAGCACAUUGGCGCCGACACGGAUGUCCCAGCCGGUGACAUUGGCGUCUCGCCACGAGAGAUUGGUUGGAUGUUUGGCACAUACCGCGCUGAGCGCAACAGGUGGGAGGGUGUCCUGACUGGCAAGGGCGGAAACUGGGGUGGCAGCUUGAUCAGACCUGAGGCCACUGGAUACGGUCUUGUAUACUACGUCCAGCACAUGAUCCAAUACGCCUCCUCAGGCAAGGAGUCCUUCCAGGGCAAGCGAGUCGCCAUCUCCGGCUCCGGCAACGUCGCCCAAUACGCCGCCCUCAAAGCCAUCGAGCUCGGCGCCACCAUCGUCUCCCUCUCCGACUCCAAGGGCAGCAUCAUCGCCACUGACGACAAGGGCAUCACUCCCGAGCUUGUUAACUACAUUGCCGAUCUGAAGGUGAAGCGAAAGGCGUUGACGGAGCUGAGCGAGAGUUCCGAGUACAAGGAUAAGUUCAGGUACAUUGAGGGUGCCCGCCCAUGGGUCCACGUUGGCAAGGUGGAUGUUGCCCUUCCCUCUGCGACACAGAACGAGGUUUCCGGCGAGGAGGCGGAGAAGCUGAUUGAGAAUGGAUGCAAGUUCAUUGCUGAGGGCAGUAACAUGGGUUCUACUCAGGACGCCAUUGAUGUCUUCGAGAAGGCCAGGAAGGAGAAGAAGAACGACGGUAUCUGGUACGGUCCAGGCAAGGCAGCCAACGCCGGUGGUGUCGCCGUCUCCGGCCUCGAAAUGGCCCAGAACUCCGCCCGCCUAAAGUGGACCUCAGAGGAGGUCGACGAGAAGCUCAAGGGCAUCAUGGAGGCCUGCUUCAAGAACUGUCUCGAGACCGCCAAGGAGUACGUGCCAUCGGGCGAGGGCGAGCUCCCCUCCCUCGUGGCUGGUGCCAACAUUGCCGGUGCCAUCAAGGUGUUCGCCGCCAUGAAGGACCAGGGCGACUGGUGGUCCAACUAG